AUGGUUGAUCACCUUAUGGAUCUGGUUCAGGUCGUCGAAUUUGAGAUGGAGGAUGUAGCUGCAAGCAUGGAGAGGGCUAUGCUCAGCCUUUUGGGGAAGUUAUUCACGGAGAAUCCACCUAGACUCACUACCAUACAACGAAUUUUCAAAGGGAUGUGGAACUGCAAAGUGAUGGUCUUGGAGGCAAAGCAGGGUCUACUGCAAUUUCUGUUCGAGGACGCCAAGGCCAUGGACUGGGUGGUCCAGCAAACGCCAUGGCCAGUGAAAGAAAGGGUGCUCCAGCUGCAACCAGGGGAGGAAGCUGAUGACCUAGAGAAGAGGAGUUAUGAGCUAGGAUAA